AUGGACGGCCAAGAUCGAAGAGCAUUACUCCAGCUUGGCCGACAGGCACGCAAAGAGGCUGCAUCGCCUUAUGCGCGUCCCAAGGCUUCCCCGGCGAGUGCGAACGCGGGUGCGAGUGCGAGCGGAACUCCUGUGCGUUUGACCUGAUCAUUGCGGCUGGACCCACUAUACUGAUGCUACCAUGUUAUGACCUGUAGUCUCGCCUGAGUGGACUGUUGUCGUACUUGAGCCCGUUCCGCCGUGGCAAGCAGGAGGAGCGAUCCCCUGCGCCCCAGCCCGCGUCGGACGAUGAGCAAGACCACAACAACGACCACGACCACGAAGAACCACAGCACAGUGAUGGCAGUCACGAUGACGCACAACAUGCCCAUGCUCCUGCGUUUGAACUGCAUGGCGACUUUAUCGAGGACCACGACGUAGGCCCAUCACCGACAGGGGCACCCGGGGAUCUCGAUCGUCGCUGACGCUGCACUGACCUCUGAACUGAUGCAGAUGCACGCCAACGCACCACCCUCACCUACACCGUACCAAAAUAUUUACCCCAACCUCGGAUCGUCCAUCACCGCUUCCAAGUCGAUGCCUCAGCUCGCUUCGACGCUGGCCUCGAACGCGACCCCCCGACCUCGUGGCGGCUUCACCUCCGCUCUGCCGCGAUCUGCGACACGCGCCGACUUGGCGCCGUUCUCGGCAUCGGCAGCCAGCUGGGGUCAGGCCGAGUCCGUGUUUGGCUCGGAACGAUCCCCACCUGGGCGAGCAAACGAGGAACUCGCGAGGUUCUUCCGCGACAAGGCCGAUCGGGGCGAUGAGCCAUUGACCGCGAUCGAGCAAGCCGGGGUGCUUCACCUCAUGCAACAGGCCAAAGCCGAGAAUCUACCCACUGCCUUCACCCCCAACUUCGGGUCCGCCUCUCCCACCCUUUCGGUGCAGCCCUUUUAUGCUCGUCAGGACUCGGUCGUUCCCAUCUCACCCUCGGCGGCGUCCAACAACUCGACCUUUGGCGGUGUCGGUGCUUCCCCCUCGACGCUCAAUGCCGAAUCUACCGCAGGUCAUACACCAUACCGAAGACGAAGACCUAUCUACGUUGGAGCGGGCUACUCGAGCCGAAGCGCACGUCGCAAUCGAACACCUGGGUCUCACAGCGCCUCGAACGGAUCGAACUUGACGCGGAGUCAGAGCGAGGGCGGAUUGCUCAACUCCCUUGGGGCGAACAGUUCGACUGCCGAGGGCAAACGUCGACGUGUCGAAGUGGAGGAUGUACCACCCGCCCCAUCGACCUCGAACCUAUCCUACGCAGCCUCGCCGGGACCGUCGGCUUCGGCCUCUCCCUCGCCUGCAGCAGCGAUGACGGGCAGUUCCAAAACUUCGAUCUUUUCUCGUGCCAAGGUCACAGCGAACGCCGUCUCGACCCCCGUCCGACCGUCACCUCUGUGGCAAGUCAGCAAAGCCGAGACCCCGUCACCUUCUCCACCAAAGAAGGUCGCCUCAGCGACGCCUCGAUCGACAACUCGAGCGGGCGAUAUGAUGAUGGACAUCAUCCGCCAAGAGGAUGCUGCAAGACCGGACAAAACUUCUCCGACGACAGGUCGCGAAGCUUUUAUCAACCCUUACGAAAGCACGGACCACAACCCUUUAGCGCGAAUCCCACGCAGUCGGCCGGUUCGUCCUCCGACACCUUCGAGACCGGCGUCGGCUCGUGUUGCGGCUCAGAAGGCUGCUUCGGCUGCUCCAAGUCCCAAGAAGGUCUCGCCAUUGGAACAGCUUGAGAGAUCUAUGCCGGCAGAGUACCGUCGUGAGGAUGGGAACCGAUCGAAAAUGGCUUCGUCGGUCGCCUCGGCUUCUCCUGCUCCUACGCCGCAGAAGGAGGCUGCGCCAGCUCCGACGUUUGCUCCGCCUUCCAUACCCGUAGUAGCGACGAAGCCAUCGACCAAGAAAGCGGCACCUGCGAAUCCCUUUGCGGCACUUGCUUCGGAAACGGACGAGGCUGAAGACGAUGAGGAGGAUGAAGACGGGUCCCGAGAGGAGGACGAAGAGGAUGACGACGAAGAAGAAGAUGACGAAGAGGACGAAGAGGACGAGGAGGACGAGGAGGAGGAUUCGGACGACGACAUUGUGAUCAUUGAAGAGGUCGUCAAGAAGCCCACACCCACACCCAAGCCCAAGACCGUCUUCAUACCCAAAGCACCCGCACCGAAAACGUCGGCACCUGCUCCUUCCGCGCCUAUGAGCAAGCCCGUCGACCAGCCGGCCUCAGUUGCACCCAUGUUCGGUACACCUUCGUCCAACAUGUUCGGUCAGACAUCUUUGGUGCCGAGCAAGCAGCCUCCUACUGGGGAACCUGCUCCCACACCGAAGCCUGCUGUCUCGUUUUCCUUUGGUGCGAUCUCCGCCGCCCCUGUCGAAACUCCCAAGGCUGCGGCGCCCAAACAUGUCGUCUCGAACGGGUCAUCGAUUACCUUGGUGGACUCCUCGGACGCUCAAAAGCAAGCUCUCGAAGCUUCUCGAACCUCUUUACCGACCUUCGUCUUUGCGGGCACUUGGAACACUUGUACUGGGCGCGGAGAAGCAGCGGAAGCGACGACGCGUGCGGCGCAGGAUUUGGCCAGGAUGAUGAGUCGGGGCGAGGUGCCGACGUUCGAGUUUUAA